AGUGGUGGUGAAAGAUCACCUUUUUUAGAAGACAGCAUAAUGCAGUUCUCAAACUCACUGAUUGUACAAGGUUCCUACAGACCCUCUUAUGAAGUGAUGCUGCGGUUUUAUGGUCUAUACAAACAGGUAGUCUGUGGACCAUGUACAGCGUCACGCCCAGGAUUCUGGGACCCUGUAGGCCGUUACAAAUGGGAUGCUUGGAAUCAGCUUGGAGACAUGAGUCGGGAGAGUGCCAUGGCUGCUUAUGUGGAUGAAAUGAAGGAAGUUGCACAAGAGAAACCCUGAGGUUAUAGACACCAU